AUGGCUACCGUCAUAGUUCUUCUGAUCAUUCUAGCAAUGGCUGACAUUAACUUUAGCAAUGAAAUUAGCUCUAGCUCCAAUAGUCCUUGUAUUGAGAGUGAAAAACAAGCUCUUUUGAUGUUCAAACGAGACCUCAUAGAUUCUUCAAAACGGCUUGGUUCUUGGGCUCCCGAUCAUGAGGAUUGCUGUAGCUGGGAUGGAGUUGUCUGUGACAAUAGUACUGGCCAUGUCCUUGAUCUCCACCUUGGGCUUCCUCCUUUGGAUGAUACUACUGACUUUGAAUCUUAUUAUAGAUCAAACCUCAAAGGUAAGAUAAACCCUUCUUUGUCCAAUUUGAAGUAUUUAAGGUACUUGGAUUUAAGCAACAACGCAUUUGAAGGACUCCUACCUUACCAACUUGGGAAUCUGUCAAAUUUAGAAUAUCUCAAUCUGGGAGGUGAUACUCCAUUUAUUAUGAUGGGGUUAUUAUAUGUUGAGAAUCUCCAAUGGCUGUCUGGUCUUUCUUUACUGAAACAUCUUGAUUUGAGUUUCGUGAAUCUCAGCAGAGCUUCCAAUUGGUUGCAACUGAUAAACACAGUACUCCCUUCUUUGGAGGAAUUGAAGUUGUCAGGCUGUCAACUUCUUCCAGGCCCUCCAUUGCCAAAUGUUAAUUUGUCAUCUCUUGCCAUCCUUGACCUUUCCUCUAAUUAUUUUACAAAUCAAAUGGAUCUUGUAUGGGUGUCCAAGCUCAACUCCCUGGUUUUACUCGAUCUUGGAAUAAAUGAUUUUCAUGGACCCAUCCCUGAUGCUCUCCGAAACAUGACUUCUCUUAGAUUUCUUGAUCUUUCAUAUAAUUAUUUCAUUUCUUCAAUACCUGACUGGCUCUAUAGUUUUAGCUCUCUCCAGGUUCUCAGGCUUCAUUCUAAUCUAUUGCAAGGUGGCAUUUCUAGUGCCAUUGGCAACAUGACUUCUGUGAAUAAACUUUACCUGUCAGAGAAUGAACUUGAAGGAGAGUUUCCCAGAGCAGUGGGAAACCUUUGUAACUUGAGGUCAAUCUCUUUGUCAGGUAUGAGACUGAGCCAGGACAUAUCACAUAUCUUAGAAAUUCUGUCAGGAUGUUCCUCUCAUGGAUUUGAGUCAUUGGAUUUGGCUAAUUGUCAAAUUUUUGGUCAACUGACCGAUCAACUUGGACAUUUUAUAAACUUAACAGAACUUUAUUUGUAUGGUAAUUCAAUCUCUGGUUCUCUUCCAACUUCUUUAGGACAGCUUGCAAAUUUGAAAGCGGUCUCCAUUGAAAAUAAUUUGUUGGAGGGUGUUGUUUCCGCAAUGCACUUUGCUAACCAUACAAAAUUGAUAGAUUUUCGUGGAUCAGGCAACUCAUUGAUUUUGAAAGUCAAUCCUAACUGGGUUCCUCCUUUUCAACUUCGUUUCUUAGAGUUACGAUCUUGGCAUAUAGGGCCAUCGUUUCCCACGUGGCUUCGCUCACAAAAACAUCUAGCAGAUCUAGACAUCUCUAACUCAAAAAUUUCUGAUAGGAUUCCUCGUUGGUUUUGGAGAUUGUCAACUCAAAUGUCCUUUUUAAAUCUCUCUAGCAACCAAAUCUACGGGCAGAUUGAGUAUCUACCUAAGGUUGAUGGAAUUGUUGCUCUUGACCUCAGUUUCAACCAUUUUAGUGGUCCAUUGCCUCGAACCUCUAUAUAUUCCUCCCAUUCCAGGAUAGACCUUUCCAAUAAUUAUUUCUCGGGAUCCCUUUUCCAGUUUUUGUGUUAUCAGUUGAAUGACACCAUGGGAACAAGUAUUCUUAGUCUUGCUAACAAUCUGCUAUCUGGAGAAAUACCGGAUUGUUGGAUCAAGUGGCGAUCUUUGAUGGUCCUAAGACUAAAUGACAACAGAUUUACUGGUAGAAUUCCAAGCUCCAUGGGAAAUUUGCGCUCCCUUCAAUCGCUAAAUCUUUACAAUAACAACCUUCAUGGAGAAAUCCCUUUGUCUCUGAAAAAUUGCACAGGAUUGGAGGCAAUUAAUCUUGGCGGGAAUGAAUUAGAUGGCAACAUUCCAGGAUGGUUAGGCCAUAGCCUUCCGUAUCUGAUGAUUCUAAGUCUUCGAUCAAACAAGUUUCGAGGUAACAUACCAGACCAUUUAUGUGCUCUCGGUUCUCUCCAAAUUUUGGACCUUGCUAAUAACAAUCUCUUUGGGAGUAUACCAAGAUGUGUGAACAACUUCAGUGCCAUGGCCAGAGGGAAUGGUUCCAAGGACAGCAAUAUAAAUUAUGGUAAUAUUACUGGACCUACUUCUGAAUCUGCAUCAGUUGUGAUGAAAGGCCAAUUACUUGAAUACAGCAGCACUCUCAACUUGGUCAGAAUUGUAGAUAUCUCUUGCAACAAUUUGUCAGGAGAGAUCCCACAGGAAGUGACAAACCUCCAAGGAUUGCAAUCCUUAAAUUUGUCCCACAAUCAUUUAAUUGGAAAGAUCCCUGAAAACAUUGGUGGUAUGAAAUCACUAGAAUCUCUUGAUCUCUCUGUAAACCAGCUCUCCGGUUCGAUUCCACAAAGCAUGUCAGGUAUGACAUUUUUAAGCCACUUGAACGUCUCCUGUAACAAUUUGACUGGCCAAAUACCUUCAAGUACUCAGUUACAGAGCUUCAAUACUUCAAGUUACGCUGGGAACCAUCUUUGUGGAUCUCCAUUAGAGGACUGCAGUGAAAGUGGUAUAGAACCUAAUAUCAGCAAUGGAGGUAGAAGAAAUGGAAGGGGACUUGAAGUAAACUGGUUCUAUGUAAGCAUGGCUCUCGGAUUUAUUACUGGCUUUUGGAGUAUUUUGGGACCAUUGGUGAUUAGCAGACGAUGGAGGUUCAUAUACUUCAGAUUUUUGGAACAAAUGUGGCUUAAAGUAGGCAACUCUUUUUGUCACUAA